AUGGAAACAAUCCCUUAUCAAGUUCUCUGCUGGAUUCCUCGUGAAUGGUUAUCAUUUCCGUGGGAUGCGUUGCAAAAAGUGCUCAAAAAGGAAAUUUCGGAAUGUUACUCGGAGUGUGGAAGGGCUGAAAAUUCUGCAAUUUGUAUUAACGGUAUAACAGCGCGACUACAACUUCACAAAAUAUCCGCAUUGGAUAGUUUUCGACAAAACAGUCAGAUUUAUUGGAUGAAAAAAGAAUUAGAUGUGCAAACAAGACCAAAUCUGAAGGAUUACUUUGGGUUUUGCAUACCUUGUAUCUGUUGUAAGAAACUGUAA